UCCAGAAACCAUCAGUUCAAUCUGAUUAAUUUUCUUGAAUAUUCUGGUGAGCAGUAUGGUGGGUGGGAAGAUGGGUUAUUUGAAAAUGAAGACUGAUUCUGAUUUGGGAGCAGCGACUGAGUUGCUCACUUCUGAUCUCAAUGAUGUUGGGACUGCAAUGAAGAAGUUCGCCAAUCACGCCAUCCAGCUUGGCGGCCUUGGAUUUGGGACUUCAUUUCUCAAAUGGGUUGCUUGUUUUGCCGCAAUUUAUUUACUAAUCUUGGAUCGUACAAACUGGAAAACCAACAUUCUCACAUCCCUCUUAAUCCCAUACAUUUACCUCAGUCUUCCUUCAUGGUUGUUCGGUAUACUAAGUGGAGAGGUUGGCAUGUGGAUUGCUUUCAUAGCCGUUGUCUUACGUCUCUUCUUUCCCAAGCAUUUCCCAGACUGGCUGGAAUUGCCUGGAUCUCUGAUCUUGCUCCUAGUGGUGGCUCCGAGCUUCUUUGCAAAUACCGUAAGGGGUGGCAUUAUUGGACUAUUCAUUUGCCUGGCGAUCGGAUGUUACUUGCUGCAGGAGCACAUUCGAGCAUCCGGAGGGUUCAGGAACUCCUUCACCAAGAGCAAUGGCCUCUCCAACUCUAUUGGGAUCCUCCUCCUCUUCGUCUACCCGGUUUGGGCACUCGUGAUUUGGAUUCUUUAGGCCAUUUAAGGAGCUUAGUGUGAUGCUUCAGUUUUCAGUUCAGACAGUGUGAGAUGUGUGUAUCAAUGUUUGGAAACAACUGUUGCUGUCUUGAUUGCUCUUGUGUACCCAACACAGUGAAACAUUGUAUGUUCAUUUGUUAUGUUUGUAUUGAAGGAUUGUUUGGAAUGAACAAAGUUUGAACUCA